AGCACGACGCGGCGGCGCGGGUGCGCGGGUACGAGAACCACGCGGCGCGCCAGCUCGCGGACCAGUUGGCGCCGUCGAUGGCGUGGGUCGCGCGGUUUCUGGACCAGCUGAAGCACGCCCUCGUCCCGCGCGGCCGCGUGCUGCUGGACAUCUGCCGGCUGUGCCGCGGGGUUGAUUUGGGCAUGACGCUGAACCAGGCGCUGGCGGAACUGCUCCCACCAUGGGACUACGCGUACUACCGCGAGCGGCUAUGCGAGGAGCGCGGGCUGCUCGACCACGAUUCGUCGUGUUUGGCGCCGUAUCUGAGCGUGGAGCACACCGUGCCGGCUAUGCUGAGUGUCGUGGGCGAGCUGUUUGGUGUUAGGUUUGACAGGAUGACUCCCGAGACCUGGGAUCCGCGGUUGACGCUCAGGGAGCACGUGGACAUGUUCGCCGUGUGGGACGAGGGCGUGGAUGAGCAUGCGUUCUUGGGGUACCUGUACCUCGACUUGUUUUGGCAUCAUGGCAAGACCAAGACGGGCAUGGUGGCGUAUACAAGGCCGAUUUGCGUGGGACACACGGCUACCGCAAGCGGCACGCGCAAAUACCCUUCCGUGUGCCUUGUGCUCAACCUCGCGCCGACCAACCCCGUGCUCGGCUUCCACGGCGUGCGGACAUUUGCCCACGAACUCGGCCACUGCAUGCACGUCCUAUUCCAGCAGGUCACACACGCCAUCACGAGCGGGCGCCACCUCGGCAGCGACUACGUCGAGAUCCCCAGCCACGUGUUCGAACACAUGUUCCUGCAGCGCGACAUGCUGAAGAAGAUCGGCCGGCACCGCGCGUACCUCGACGCUGACGCCAUGCGCGCGUGGUCGGCCGCGCACCCCGAUGCAACCUGCCCGCCGCCGGAACGCAUCCCCGACGAGCUGCUGCAGACGACGGCCGACAGCCUGGCAUUCCUCACGCUGUACGGGAACCUGGGGAGCCUGUGAGUUUUCUGAGGGCGCAAACACUUGACACUUGCUUGUUUACAUGGACACUUGCUUGUUUACACUUGACACUUGGCUUGUUUACACUUGACACUUGCCUGUUUACACUUGACACUUGCUUGUUUACUGAUGUAGCUGCGAUGUGGACACGCAGCGGCGGCGCCAUGCUCGACCACGCGCUGCACACGCCAGUGACGCACGCGUCCAUCGAGGCGGCCGACGUCGCCGCCACGUGGUACGCCAUCGAGGAGGAGCUCAAGGGCCUAGACUUGUCUACAGUAAAACCCGUCGGCCACCAGUACCUGCUCGUGCACACCGUCGUGCACGAGGCGUUUGCCGGCAGGGGCUACAGCCACAUCCUGUACGUCCGCGCACCCCUCCCCCUUCCAGAGAAGGAGCUGACAGAGACGAGCGGCCGCGCCAUCGCCGCCG